AUGUCCAAGCCACAGUUUGUCGCCCUUGAGCCCAACAAUGAACUCCGAUUCAACGGUAAGUUGUUUUCUUUAUUGUUCUUGGUUUUUAGAUGAAGAAGGACAAGGAGAAAAUGAAAUCAAAGGAAAAAUGGGGAGUUAAUAGGAUCAAAGUGCUUGUAGAUCAAUAAAAUGAGAUUGAUGAGCUCUGUUCCAUCUUUCAUGAAGGGUUUGACAAAAAAUUAUAUUGAACAUGGAGAUUGAUAGAUUUUGGGUUUAAAAAUUAAUGUUUUGGCAAGGUUAGCCUCUGAUAUAGUGAAUAGUUUGUAUAUAGAUGAUUUUUGGAGGCUUUAAUUAAAUUUUGAUUAGUCUAAAAUCCGAGACCUUAUUUUACCCAUUUCCAGGCCCUUUCACCGAGGUCGUCACCAGCCACCUCAAACUGCAGAAUCUCACGGACAAACCCGUCAACUUCAAGGUGAAGACCACUGCUCCCCGUUUCUACUGCGUCCGACCGAACUGUGGCCAGAUCGCGGCGUCCGGCACCGUCACCGUGAACGUGAUGCUGCAGCCGGUGGAUCAGGUGCAGACCCUGGAAAAGGAGCGCUCCCGUCACAAGUUCCUCGUCCAAUCGGCGCUGGCCACCGACGAGCCGGUGGAGGCGUUCUGGAAGUCGGUGGACCCCACCAAAAUCGCCGACGCCCGCCUCAAGGUGGUGUUCGCCAACCUGGACGCCGGGUCCGACACCUCCACCGCCCGCCUCGACGACAACCAUUCCACCGCCCAGUACACCUCCACGGACAAGGUGUUCGAGGAGAAGAUCAACAAGAGCAGUGAGAACCCGCUGAACGCCCAACCUCGCCCCAACUUGGUCCACAGAGCACCCGCCAGCCACGGAGAUGAAGGAAAGUCGUCGGAAAAGGACGCUGAAAAUCGACGAUUGACCGCACAGAAUCAGGAACUUAGAGUAGGUUGGGGAUGGGGGAAAUUUGGUGAUUUUUUUGAGGAUUUUUUUUUUGGACAGUGACGGUAAAGGGGCAUUUCUUUUGUUUUGGCUGUAAGUCAUGGGAAAGUUGAUCGUUUUUGAUGAAUGAUACAUCAAAUUAAGCCUAAAAGAAGAGUAUUUGUGGCUUAGGAUUUAAAAAAAAUUGUUAUGCCCUUAGGGGUUUGAAAAAUUAAAUUUUUCUAAAAUGCGGGAAAAUUUUGAAAAAAAAAUUUUUUUUUGAGAAAAACCCUUUAGGGAAUAAAAUUUUUUGAAUAAAUAGGGUUCAAAAUGGCUUGAUUUAAAAGGUUUUUUAUUUUUGAUUGUCAAAAAUUUAUUUUUAUUCAUCUUUUUUCAGCAAAAACUCAGCGAAAUGCUGAUGAAUCGAAGCGAACCCAGCCAGAAUAUCUUCAACCUGCAGGUCCUGCUGGUCAGUCUGGCCGCCCUCUUGAUCGGAAUCAUCCUCGGAAAACUGUUCUAA